GGCUCACACCUCUCAGGGAAACGGCAGCAUGAAGUCGGUGACCGCCCUUCUCCUGGUGGGGAUGCUCAUGCUCUGGACAGAGCUGCCGACAGGCAGUGCCUGGUCCUGCCCACACGUCCAAAUCACUUGCGCGAUGCUCAACCCACCGAACAAGUGUUACACCAACUGGCAGUGCCCGCGUGGCCAGAAGUGCUGCCCGUCCUUCUGCGGGAGGAGAUGCAUCUCGCGCCCACCUUCCAUCCCCAUCUCCUACGCAUGAGGUCCUGCUCCCAGGACAGACUGAGGGCCUUCUCAGCAUCCUCGUGCCACCCCAGCACCAGACAGCUGCCCACGCCUCUGCUAAACCUUGUCCUGCCCUACACUGGCUCCUGGGAGGAUGGGGACAGACACCAGCCCAUGCUCAGAGACCACCUCGUCUCCAGGACCACCCCAUUGAGAGCUGCAGCAUGGUGCUACAUGCCACCUGCUCAUCCUCUCCCUUUGCUUCCCCACUGCUGCUUUAAUAAAAUAAAAGAUCUUGUCCCA